UGACAUGGCAGUCCCCUCCUCGGUAACGUUACACUUGGAUUUUCAAAUUUCACAAUUCCUUCAACAACGGUCUGAUCCACUGUUCCUCUCUCCAAACCCAGCCGUUCAUUGUUUAAUCUACAUUUCCUAUAUAUCCUCCCCGGCCGUACUGUACAACCAUAUCAAUUAGCUAGAAUUAGGAAGUGAGAAGCUAAAGAAGAAGAAGACAACUCUCUUAUUUGAGAGUACCCAUACUUCCAAGAAGAGUGAGAUUUGCUUUUUGAAUCUCAGGGGAUUUCCAUCACUCUUUCUGGAAAUCUCCUGAAUUCUACUGAAAUCUAUCCCGGUAAAAAAAGCUCUGAAGAAUGGUUGAAGACGACGGGAAGAGAACAGCUCCGGAAGAGGACGAGAAGAAGGUUCUAGAGGUUCUUUGUCGGAACAGCGUCACGGCCCUGGUCCAGCUCUUCACCGCCGCCACUUCUCCGAAGAUUAGAGAGAAAGCGGUCACCGUAGUCUGCUCGCUUGUGGCGGUGAGGAGAUUCGAUAAGUGGAUGGUGGAAGAAGGCGUUCUUCCUCCGCUCAUACGGCUGGUUGAAUCCGGGACAGAUUUGGGUAAAGAGAAAUCUGCCCUGUCUCUUAAGAGGCUUUCGAGCUCGGUCUCGACCGCCCGGGCAAUCUUCGGGCACGGUGGAGUUAGGCCGUUGGCGGAGGUUUGUGCGGCGGCAGGGGAUUCGGUCACUCAGUCCACCGCCGCUUGUACCUUGAAAAACGUCUCGGUCGUACCGGAGGUUCGGCAGGUUCUCGUCAAGGAAGUCGCGAUCAAACUCAUGAUCGACCUCCUCGACUUCGCCCCGCUGGUCGGGACGAAGAACCACGCCGCCGAGUGCUUGCAAAACCUCACCGCCGGUACGGACGACAUCAAGAGGCGGGUCGUCUCCGAGGGUGGGGUCCGGAGCCUUCUGGCUUUCCUGGACAGGCAGGGCCCGCCCAGGGAACCCACGGUCUUGGCCGUCAGGAACGUGGUCCAGUGGGCCCUGACCAACGAGUUGGUCUAACUCGGCAUCCUUCCGAAGCUAGCACGGGUGCUUUGAUCAGGCCGCGUCGUCGAUAUGCAAGCUCUGCACAUCGGGCGACGCGAUGAAGCUGGCGAUCAGCGAAGCAGGAUGCGUCCCGCUUCUUGUCGAGAUGCUGGGGGCGAAAACGAACGGGGCGAGGGAGGUGGCCGCGGAGGCGGCAAGCGCCUUGAUGCGGGUC